GAGUCAAGAGGACCAGCGCGUUCCAAUAAAACUGCGGCUUGCCAAAUUGGGAAGCGGAACGGAGCUUUUAGUUCUCCGCCCCACAACUAAGCCACUGGACAAAAAAGUAUAUAAAGAGGCGAUACCCAAGACGCAUUUUUCCAACCGGACGUAUAUAACCUAAGCCACUUUCUGACUCUUUCUUUCUCUUUUCUCUCACUUUUUAUUUCUGGCUCUCUUCCUCCCCCCCCCAAUUACACAAACACAGAGGACACCCCCCCCCCGAAAUCAUACGGCGCACGCACCACCACUUUUUUUAUUUUUCUUGACCGCAUAUAUACACACGAAACACACAUACAACAUGUCGGGCUUCAAGAUCGCUACUCCUGCCAUGGCCACACCUGCCAUGCAGACGCCUUCAGUGCCCACACCUCACAACCCCACCACGCCAUUUGCCAUCCCAUCUACUCCUGCACCUGUCGAUGCUCCCACGCCUAGUAGAGAUCAGAAUCCUUAUUCUGUGGCGGGCAUCACUCCUACUCUACAAAACAUUGUUGCCACCGUGAACUUGGAUUGUCGGUUGGAUCUGAAGACCAUUGCGCUUCACGCUCGUAAUGCCGAGUACAAUCCAAAGCGUUUUGCGGCUGUGAUUAUGCGUAUUCGCGACCCAAAAACGACGGCAUUGAUCUUUGCUUCUGGCAAGAUGGUUGUGACGGGUGCUAAAUCUGAAGACGACUCCAAGCUCGCUGCACGCAAAUACGCUCGCAUCAUCCAAAAGCUGGGCUUCCCUAGCAAGUUUACGGAUUUCAAGAUCCAAAACAUUGUGGGCUCGUGCGAUGUGCGAUUUCCUAUUCGUCUUGAAGGUUUGGCCUACUCUCACGGACACUUUAGCUCGUAUGAACCUGAGCUGUUCCCUGGUCUGAUCUAUCGCAUGGUGAAGCCCAAGAUCGUGCUGCUGAUUUUCGUGUCUGGCAAGAUUGUGCUCACGGGCGCCAAGGUGCGAGAAGAAAUCUAUCAAGCGUUCCAAGCUAUAUACCCUGUACUUCUUGAGUUCCGCAAGCCUUGAAACGGAUUCUACACUGAACACACACACACACACACACA